AUGUCGGAUUCGCCGACAAAUCCGGGCUCGGAGACCUUCCUGGGGCCCACGAAGGUCCUACCGAGACACGUGAACGAUCCCACCAUACUAGACAGCGUGGCCGGUUUCAUCAACGAAGUAGUCCCGACCGCGCAAACGGCCAUCCACAACGUCAAAGACCAAAUACUGUGGGCGCGUUUCGAGGAGCCCGAAAACGACAGGAAACCUCACACGGAGAGCUUCUCCAACGCCAUACCCGGCACCCUCGUCUUGGUGUUGGGCUACGCCACUGGAAUACAGGUAUGGGCCAUACCGGCCAACGGCGAAGCCACCGAAAUCCUGUCGUGGAGACACGGCUACGUGAAAGUCCUCAAAUUCCUGCCGGCGCCCCAUUUGGUCGGCAACGCGUCGAAAAGGGACGCCUUCGCGUCGAAACGCCCGCUACUGGCCAUCUGCGAUAGCUCAUCCACGGGGCCCCAAUUCAGCUCGUUGAAUUUCGUCUCGUUGAAAACGGGCGAGCAGGUGAAAGUGAUCAAAUUCAAAAACUCCGUGCUGGACGUGCUGGCCAACAAGCAAUCGGUGGUGGUGACGUUCCAGGAGAAAAUCGCCGCCUUCGACGCCUUCACGUUGGAGGACCACAUGACGGUGACCACGUGUUACUUGAGCCCCGGCCUCAACCCGAAUCCCGUCAGCUUGGGCGCCAGGUGGCUGGCGUACGCCGAGAAGAAGGCCAAUCUGUCGAAGCGCAGCAGCGGCGGAAUGGACGGCGACGGUGUACAGAGUUAUACGGCGACCGUGAUCCACGCCGCCAAAUCUCUGGGCAGAGGUUUGAGGGAAUUGGGCGAGAGCGUGGCGAACAGUUUGACGGGAAGCAACAACUUCAGGCCGGGCACGUCGCCGAAUAGCCCGCAAGCCGGAGGCCAGGCGGACGUGCCGCAAAACGGGGUCGUUACCAUUUUGGAUAUUGGGAGUUCCUACGUCCAAUCGUUGGAGAAACCGUCGCCGUCGGCCGAUCCGGUCGUGGCCCAUUUCACGGCGCACGCCAAGCCGUUGGUGGCGUUGCAAUUCGACCCGAGCGGCGCGUUGCUGUUGACGGCCGACAAAAGCGGCCACGAUUUCCACCUGUUCCGGAUCCAACCGCACCCGGGCGGCUCCAAUCUGGCCGCCGUCCAUCACUUGUACGUCCUGCACCGCGGCGACACGUCCGCCACCGUGCAGGACGUCUGCUUCUCGGCCGAUUCGAGAUGGGCCAGCGUAUCGACGCUGAGAGGUACGACGCACGUGUUUCCGGUGACCCCGUACGGGGGCAACGUCGGAAUGAGGACCCAUGCUACGUCGCACGUUGUUAAUAAGAUGUCUCGAUUCCAUCGAUCUGCUGGUUUAUCGGUUGACGGUAGAUCGAAUAGUCCCAUAUCGAUGUUAGAAGCGCCGAGUAUCUCGCAUUUUCCCUACCACAAUCCGAGAUUACCGCCGUUUCCCCAUCCCACCGUGGUGCAUCCAUUGGCGCAGAUCCGACAACCGAUUCUGAUGCAAAACGCCGGUAAUACGGCGCCCUCUAGACCGACCACAGGUCGCCAACGAUUGCCGUCGUCUUCGGAGGAAAACGUCAGCCUGCGGGUGGUGACGUACUUCGCGACGCCGCGCGCCUUCCUCGACGUCACCCGCGACGCCUCUUUGGCCAAACAACCGAGACCGGUGGAUUCGUUGUUCAUCGUCUCCUGUCACGGUACUUUGGUCCAAUACGAUCUCGAUCCGCAUCAACUGUCCCACGUGCCCAAGGAACGCGUUUCCGGCGACACGCCCAUCGAACUCACCGUUACGCGCAAAGCGCAAUGGUUGUUGCAACGUAAAACCGGCACGUCGGAUCUCGUACCACCGAUGACCAAAGAGAAUUUGUCCUAUGUGGGUUACGAGGAGACGCCGAUAAGUUCGUACGACAGAAGAAAGGAUAAGGCGAAUUACAACGACGAACAUUGGCUGUCGCAGGUCGAAAUCAUCACGCACGCCGGGCCGCACAGGAGGCUCUGGAUGGGGCCCCAAUUCACCUUCAAAACGUACCAAACCGUCGCCGGAUCUCCGUUGUCGUUGGGCGACGCCCAGCCGAUCGAUUUGGGCCAUUCGAAGCCCAUCAACAUGCCCAUAACCAAAGCCAACGCCGUACUGAUCGAGUCCAGUUCGGCCUCGAGUUGCGAGCAAUCUCUGUUAGACAAUUACCACAGGACCAUCGAAGAGGGCGGCGGUAUCGGGGAGUUGCAAUUGAAAGAAGAUCUGGCCGACGCCAUGUUGGAAUCGCCCGGUAUAAGAGAUACGGGUGGACGUUGUGUGAUCGUGCAAAUGAAACCGGCCGUCGCUAAAGUAGUGAAUCCCUUAGGAACGGUAGUGAACGUCCAUUCGGACGACGACGAGCCCGAGCCGUUCGAGGAACCCGUUCGCAUACACGAGAAUCGCGACGAGACGCUCUUCAGGCCGGUGGUGGCGCCCAAAGCACACCACCACUCGCCUUACGUCGCUAACAUACUCACCAAAAGCUUGGAAACCGCCACCGAGGUGGCCGUUAACAUACUGAACAAACCGCUCGAUAUCAACGACAACGAUCGGAUCGAAUCUAACGAGAAGCGCGCCGGCAAAACGGCGCCUAUAAUCGAUUUGUUCGAUGUCAAAACGCCGCCGGAACCGCUCCUGUCGCUCGAUCGGCUCGACAUCGAAUUGGAAUUGGAGAAAACGGCGCUCGACAACGACGGGUUCUUUUCAUUGGAGAACCUCGUUGAUGAAGAGCCGCCGAAAGCGAAGUUCGAGCGUCUGUCGGAGACGACGCUCGGCGCGGAGGAGGAGAAGGCGCCGCGGCGCGCGCGCAAACCCAAGCCGAAGCUCGGCGUGAAGAUCGUCAACGUGGAGGAGCCGCCGGCGAGGAAGUCGUGGAGCAACGUGGCCGCCUCCAAGCCGGCGAACGACGAACCGCUGCUGGACUUUCUCGACGACGAUCCGCCGGUGAUCGGCGAGGAGCGGGCGCCGGAGGAGAACGAGGAGCUGCGCAAGGGCUCGGACGAGGCCGAGGAGAAGGGGGAGUCGAGCGGGUCGCCGGGGGAGGCGACGGAGAGCGAUGAUUCGGGCAAGGUGCCGGACACCGGGGCGCUCGUGCUCGAGACCAAGGUGGCCGGCAACGGGAGGAAUUGCAGGCGGAAAAAGAAGAGGAAGUAA